AUGGCUUCCUGGUGGCUCAGCUUCGAUGACGCCGCUGGAAGGAGCUUGGCCUUCUCAGAGGCUCUGCCGGGGUAUCCUGUGUGGCCGAUGGCCUUGGAUGUGGCCUUGGACUUCGUAUCGGUUCCGCUGGCGCCGCUCCCUCCAGGUGCCGCCUCCAUCCUCGCCCUGACAUUCCGAAUCCCUGAGGCUCCCUUGGGAAGCCUGUCGUCAGCGGUGCUGCGGCUUUAUGCUCCCCUCGGCUACAGCUUCAAUUGCAGUCUGGAGGCCCCAAACGCCCUCCUAGCGCUGCCCGCAGAAGAGUCUCUCCCUGUGGCAAACGCCAGCUGCGAGCCUGCAGCAGGCAGCAACGUGCGAGCACGGCUUGUGAUGCAGCUGGCCGCUGCUGGCGCUGCGCUUGAAGCGGACGUGAACUACAGCUUCACUGUGGCUGUUGAAAUUCCGGCGGUGCUCACCACCGCCACGGAGGAGGCCACGCGAUGGUAUUUCAGCUUGCAGGCCGCGGACACCGCCCUGGGCGGCCCGGCGACGCAGCCCUGGGGUCUCCAGGAACUGGCCCUUUCCCUAAGUGUGCCUUCGGCUUCACCUGGAAGCGCGGCACCCUUGCAGACGGCUUUGAAAUUGAACCAGCUGCUUUCUUCUCCGAAGGAGGGCAGCGUGCUCGCCUGCAUUGAGCUUGUCGCUGGCGAGGGCUACGCUUUCACCUCCACCUGCACUGUGUCGGACGGCAUUGCGCCCGGUGGCGAGGCCGGCCAGAACCCCCCGGCGGGCUGCAGCUGCGGGAUUUCUGCGGGUGUGGCCUCCAUCUGCCUUCCCAACGGGGGCUACUUCCUCGCGGAUGUUUGGUAUCACUUCGUCCUCAACUCCGUGCUGCUCCCUGCCGGACUCGCGAGGCGCCUCACCAGUAGCUCGGGCUGGUCUGCGCGAGCCGUCACGGCACGAGGGCGCGAGGUCUCGCGCUACCUUCCUGGGGCUUCCGCAGCUGCCGAGUUGAACUCCGUUCCGCGGUUGGAGAUUUUCGCCUUUACCUCGGCAGCUGCAGCAGCGGAGACGAGAAGGCUGGGCGCGGUCUACGUGGCGGCCUUCUCCUUCAAGGCGGCAGAGACCACGGCCAGCGCGGCCGCGCGACUCUUGCUCACUGCGCCAACAGGCCUCCAGUUCAUGGCAGACACUGACUGCAGCCCGGACAGCAGCGCCGCCUUGCUCCCUUUGCCCUCGGCUAGCGAGGCGGCUUUCUCCGGCGGCCGCGUGCUGCCCGUGGGCUGGUGCACGGCGACCCGCAGGACAUCGGAGCAGACUUUGCUUCUGGCAAGCGAUCUGCCGGCCGUGCAGUCCACUGCAUUUCCGUCGGCUUUGAUAAACCUCGCGAAGCCCCUGGUCGACUUCCGCUUCCGGUACUUGUUCCGCGUGGCCGUGCAGCAUCCCAUGGUGCAGCCCAGCUACGGAAUCCAUGUCUGGGUGCUGAGCUUGCUUGACGACAACUGGAACAUGGUCGCCCAACGUGGCGACCUCGGCGGCUACGCACUCGUCGGGGAGUUGUCUUUGUCCGUGGAGACAACGAGCCGCCUCCUUUCAUCGCCAGGCCGACCUGAAGAGGGGAACCUCACCGUCCAGUUCCAGCUGAGCCUCGCCGUUGAAGGGGGCGACUUGCUCUUUCGGCUGGCGUCGGGCUUCCGGUUUCCUCUGCUUCGCCAUUUUUCGGCUCCAGGAAGCUCCCUGCCGGCGGACGAGAACGCCACCACCACGGCCACGACCACCACCGCCACGCAUACGGGAGAGCCGGAGGUUCGGUGCUCUGUUUAUCCGACAGCCGGGCUCGUUGUCCUCACGGUCACGUGCGAUCCGCAGGCUGGGGAACUUCGUUUGACCACCGAGCGGCUGCAAGCAGGGACCAGCUACUCCUUCCAGCUGGAGGUUGCGAACCCAGAGGAGGCAAACAACACCCAGCCCUUCGAGUUCCAAAGCUUCAAUGCUGGCGAGCUGCUGGACGCCGGGGCUGCUCCCAGCUUCGUCUUUGCGGGCGGCCGUCUGCCGUUCCUGGCGCUGCGCACGGAGCCUGCACGGCCGCUCGCGGACCGGGCAGCUGGGCGCCUCCACCCGCCCUCGGCUUUUCUCCUUCCCGCGAACAGCACCUGCGAGCACUUCGACGCUGCCAACGAGGAGGGCCGAUCGGCGCUGCCCACCGCGCUUCUCGCAGCGUUGCCGAGGGCCUGGGCGGAGGUCCAAGGCUGCUCCCUCGCGGCGACUCCGGGCGGAGGCCCGGAGAUCCGCAUCACGCUGCCGGGCGCGCUGAAAGGCCAGCGCAGCUACGCCUUCGCAGUGACGGCCCAGAGCCCCAUCGUUGAGCCGCCCAGUGAUCAGAACAUCUGGCAUCUCGAGGUCUGGGUCAAAUCCGUCGCAGCUCAACGACUCCUUUAUGUCGGCGAUGGACAAGGCUUUCCCCUCGUACCGAAGUUGCAGGAAUCGACUGUGUAUCCUUUCCGGGCGCUCGGCGACGCCUAUCUCACACAGUCGUUUUUGCUUCCCCGGGGCGCGUCCUUGGUGUCCUUACGAGUGGAGUUCGCGAUCCCUUUCGUUUCCCCAGGUUCCUUGGGUCAGCGCUUGGAGGUGGCGGUUGAGGCACCGGAGGGCUUCAGCCUCGGAAGCGGAGGUUCUUGUGAGGUCAGAUCUUUGCAGUUGGGAAGAGACGUGGUGCCAGAGUCCUGGCCUGCAGAGCUGGAAGGCAUCGGCAAUCAGCUGACAUACAAGGCCGAAAUCUUUCCGGCUCUGCCGCCUGUGGAUGCGGAAGGUGCGGAGAACAGGCUUUGGAAUCUCCGGGCCUUCGCGUGCACUACGAGCAUGGACCCGCUCCAGGAAGAGUCGGACGCCGCCACAGGUUCUCUCUUGUUCUGUUGUGCUGCAAGUGAUCGAGCCGCUUUCGUUACAGUGGACAAGCUAGAGCGAGAGACGUUGGAAGGGAACCUCUACUAA